AUGUAUGUAUCUUUGGAUCGAGACUUGUUGAAGUGGAUAGUGAAAAAGUUUGAUGACAACUAUAACCAUCGUUUGCAUCUUUCUCAGUGCACACUUUUGAUACCAUCUCAAAGAAAGUUAUAUCAAGCUCAGGCUUUGAAUGUUGAUAUAUCUGAUGACACUAGUAUCUAUCUUAAAGCAUCACAUGAUCUCAUUAGUGCCUUAGCUGGGGGAAAAGAAAAUUUGGGAUUCACGAGAGAGGACCAAAAAAGCUACUUGCGUGGAAAAAGACAACGAAAUUUGGAAUACGAGGAAGCUGGGAGUUUAUUAAGAUAUUUUCAGCAACAAGUAGCUAAAAAUCCAUAUUUUUACUAUGCAAUUCAAUUGGAUGUGGAUGAAAUGAUUACUAAUAUUUUUGGGGCUAACCAUGAGACGAUUACAGAUUAUGAACUUUUUGGUGAUGCCGUAUCAUUUGACACAACAUUUCGAACAAAUAAGGAGUAUCGGCCACUAGCUUUAUUUACAAGCAUUAACCACUUUAGAAAGAUAGUGAUUUUUGGUCCCUCAUUAUUUUAUGAUGAAACUACUGAUUCAUUUGAGUGGCUAUUUGAAACCUUCUUGCAGACAAUGUCGAGGAAAAAGUCUAGCAAUUUUUUCACAAACCAAGAUCAGGCAAUGAUUAAGGCAAUAUCUAAAGUCAUGCCUAAGGUUUUCCAUGGAUUAUGCACUUACCAUUGA